AUGUCGGGGCUUAAAAUCACCAACAACAUAACGAACCUCGACGGCCCGGGCCCGCCGGUAGUCCAAACCGACUUCGAGCCGCAGGGCGACACCGAGAUUAGGCCGUCCUCGAUGCCGUGACCAUGAGAGUGAGCGCGGAGGCGCGCCCCGACGGUACACCCACAGGAAUACGACACGGACAAGGGCGACGGCAAGCUCACGAUGAACGCCGCGCGCCGCCUGAUCGGCGGUCUACGCCGCGGAUACAGCCUGGCUGAGCUCGAGGUCGCGGCCGACCGCGCGAUGAAGGACGGCGUCCGCUACGCGUACUGGCUCGCGCAGCCGUACCGCCGCGGCCUCUCGGACUCGCGGCCCACGAUCCGCGCCUACCGCGAGGCCUACGCGACGCUGAAGGACUUGCCCGGCCACGCGCGCGCGGGCCAGUUCGGUGCCGUGAACCGCGUCGUGGGCGCCUGGGACGUUUACCGGCGCUACCCCUUCACGAUCUGCGGCGGUGUCCUCAUCGCGGCGGCCCCCUUCCUGUCGAAGGGGAAUUGA